GCGGUGCCCGCCGGGAUAGAUCCGGGUGUGCCGCCCGCCGCUCCCGGUCCGCGCCGCUGGCCCCGCUCCGGGCUCGGUUCCCGUCGCUCUCUCCGCCGCUGUCUCCGCCCCAGCCUCCUUCCCCGCCGGUGUUUCUCCCCCAGGCCGCGGCCCUCACUCACCGCCCGCCGUCAUGGCGAUGCAAGCAGCCAAACGAGCCAACAUCCGGCUCCCUCCGGAGGUCAACAGGAUCCUGUACAUCAGGAACCUGCCGUACAAAAUCACGGCCGAGGAGAUGUACGACAUUUUUGGGAAGUACGGGCCCAUCCGGCAGAUCAGAGUUGGGAAUACCCCAGAGACCAGAGGAACAGCCUACGUGGUCUACGAGGACAUCUUCGAUGCCAAGAACGCCUGUGACCACCUGUCGGGGUUCAACGUGUGCAACAGAUACCUCGUGGUUCUGUACUACAACGCCAACAGGGCAUUCCAAAAGAUGGACACAAAGAAGAAAGAAGAACAGCUUAAGCUUCUCAAGGAAAAAUAUGGAAUUAACACAGACCCACCAAAAUAAACUGAUCCUUUUUGAAAAACUGGUGUCAAGCCCUGUCAUGGAGUUCUUGGCCUAAACAUAGGAAUUCUUAACAAAGUGUAAUUUUUUUCUGUUACGAAUUUGAUAAACUGCGGUAUGAGUUUUUGUAUCUUCAGAUUAGGAUUAAAUAAAUGUAGAACACAGGGAGAUCUGCUUUAAGAUUAAAUCCCCCAAGACGACAUGGCUUCCCUGUGCUGAGGGUGACCUGGUAAAGGCUGCAAUGUCCUGUUUCUAGCAGGAGCUUUCAAGAAGAGACUGAGCAGGUUCUGUGUUUGACUGAACAAAGCAAGCCCAAGCCCUUGUUUAUAACGAAGUUUCUUUCACAAACUGUAGAAGAUGAAUGACUUUCAAAAGGAUCCAGCUGAUAAAGGGACUCCAGUCCAAGUACCUUGUUCCCAGUGAUGGUACCAGCUCUGAUCAGCUGCAGUGAAACAGCUCAGCUCUCACAUUACCAAAAAAAAGUGUAUGGGGGCUUUGUUUUGUGUCCCAGGUUUGGACUGAGGAUUUGGUAUGAAUUGAAGAACACGUGACCAAAAUGAGACAGUAGAUGAAGGUUUUCAUUUUGAUACCUGUAGUGUGAUUGUUUUCUACUUGGCAUGGUUGAACUGUAACACAUUUUCUGUACAUAGAUUUUUUAGGUGUAGCAUGUGGUAGAGGAAAAAAUUUACAUUUUUUGGGCUUUUUUCAGUACUCAUGUCCUGUGUAUAAAAAUGAGUGUGAUCCAGGCUGUGCAUAGCCAGUAUCUUUUGGAAGUGGGAAAGAAUAACCUCUGCCUGUGUUCUGAACCAGCUGGAAGUUGUGUGAAUGUGGGAAGUAUCCUGCCUUGGGAGGAUUUAUUUGUGUGGAUGUGAUGUUUCACUCCCUGACCCGACAGCUUCCAGCCAGUGCAGAACCAGGGCAGAUAACAAUAUACUUUGCCUGGAAUUUGUAAUCCAGUUUUGUUUUUCAGUGCAUUGUACUGUAAUAGAGAAAUGCUUCCAUUUUCUGAAAUUACUUUUUUGUUGAAAUAUGUCACUUCAGGAACAAUGCUAUGUCAAUUUGGUGAAAAAAUAAAGGCAUAUUUUGCUUUUUUUCA